AUGGACCACAUCACUAUGGACCACAUUACUAUGGACCGCAUCACUAUGGACCGCAUCACUAUGGACCGCAUCACUAUGGACCGCAUCACUAUGGGCCGCAUCACUAUGGACCACAUUACUAUGGACCACAUUACUAUGGACCACAUUACUAUGGACCACAUUACUAUGGACCACAUUACUAUGGACCACAUUACUAUGGACCACAUUACUAUGGACCACAUUACUAUGGACCACAUUACUAUGGACCACAUUACUAUGGACCACAUUACUAUGGACCACAUCACUAUGGACCACAUCACUAUGGACCACAUCACUAUGGACCACUAUGGAUCACAUCACUAG